CUAUUUUCCCAAUGGUGUGACAUAAUUAUUGAUGCCGAAUUAGAAGAAAACAUAUAGCCAACUUUUUUAGUUUAAACAAAUAGAAAAGAAAAUUUAAAAAUGAGAGAAAGGAAAGCGUAUGUCAGCAACUCCGCCUCUCGUUGGAGGUGGAAUCAGAUAACUAUUUAACCGAGUCGCUUUUUCACUUCCAAAGUAGCUUCACCCUUAUUCCAAGGGCUAGCUAUGGUUGCCUUCUCCUCAUAAAAUAAAGUCUUUUCUUUCUUUAUAAAUAGCAUCCCCACACACACGCAAGCACAAGGCCACACACACAGUCCCAGAAGAACAAGCGAGCAACUUGACUUUAUGAGAGGCUAGGCUAGGCUUCAUUACCUCUCGUUGUUUUGUGUUUUUGAUUUAUCGGCCAAACCAGAGAAGAUGGUUGCAGAGAUGAGGAGAGAGAGAAGGAGUGAAGUGGCACCAUUUGCGGUGAUGCUCAUAAUGGAGGGUUGCACCAUAGCAUUGACGAUAUUGGCCAAAACAGCCUUAACGGCUGGGAUCAACCCUUUGGUUUUUGUGGUGUAUACCAAUGCUGUUGGCUCCAUUCUCCUACUCCCUUUUUCCUUCCUUUAUCAUCGUGGGGAAAGAAUAGAACAAUCGCUCUUCACCUUCCCACUCCUCUUUCGUAUUUUUUUCAUGGGUUUAACAGGGGUUGCAAUCUCUCAGAACCUUGCGUUUCUCGGGUUAAGCUACAGUUCACCAAUCGUUGUAUGCGCAAUGGGCCUCUUGAUGCCUACCAUUUCCUUCUUGCUUUCCAUCAUUCUCAGGACGGUAAGGCUGGAUUGGAGAAGCACAAGCAGCCAAGCCAAAAUGAUUGGAACUUUUAUAUCAAUUGCAGGUGCAAUUUUUGUAGAACUAUACAAAGGCCCGUUUACACGACCAUCACCUGUUUCACUUGACCACCACCUUCAAGUUAUACCAAAACUUUUUGUUUUCUACUCGACGCCAGAUCGUUGGGUUCUUGGGGGUAUUUUGCUUGCGGCUGCUACCUUGUCGAUUUCAGUAUGGAAUAUUGUUCAGAUGGGAACCGUCAAACAAUAUCCACAAGUGAUGAAAGUGGCCUCGUCUUAUAGCUUAGUUGGGACUAUCCAGUGCCUGGUUUUUUCUUUGAUCAUGGAAGGAGAUCUAGAUGCAUGGAAACUGAAACGCAAGCCGGAUCUCCUACUCAUUAUUGUGACAGGAGUAUUUGGGAGUAUUAUCCGUAGCAACGUUCAUUUAGCAUGUACGAGAAUGAAAGGCCCUUUUUAUGUGCCUAUGUUCAAGCCCUUUGGGGUAGUCUUUGCAACAGUUUUCGGAACCUCUUUCUUUACAAACAGUCUUCAUUAUGGAAGUGUGAUAGGUACAAUAAUAAUAGGAACGGGAUAUUAUGCUGUGAUGUUUGGACAAAUCAGGGAAGAGGAACUUCGUAAAGAGCGUGAAGUUGGAACAGUGGGUGAUAUUUCAGACCUCAAGGCCCCUCUGUUGCAGGAAAACGAAGAUGCCCAAGUCUAGAGCCAGGCCAAGCAACCUCUACAACUAUUAUUGAAUUAAAAAAUCAAGUGGAAAGUGUCCCUUUUUUUCUGUCAAAAAAAAGAAGGAUUCAACAGCAAGAGGCCUGGCCUGUCAAACCAGAAGGUGCUGUGAUUUUGUAGAAGCCCCUUCUAUUACAUGUACAUACAUUUGAUAGGAUGGCCUUUCACUGUAAAAUGUAAAUCUUCUUGCUGUGUUUUCCCCCCUACUUGUUGGAGGUUCGAGGACAGAUUCUUAAGUUUUAAAUGACUCUGUCAUAUGUGGUUUCUGUGUGAAUAAAAAACAGUGAAAAAAAUGACAAAAAUCGUAUAUGUUGUAUUUAUGUAUUGGAGUGUUUAAAACAGCUAUGGUGUUUGUUUGAAGGUUUCUUUAAUUUGUUUACUUGCUCAUGUAAUUAUCUCUUGUUUGCUGCAUUUUUUUUCCUUUUACCUUUUUGAAUCCAGAGCGCAACAUAAGUUCACAGACAAGACAAUAUAGAGGAAAUUAAGAAAACCCAUGGCAAUACAUAAAUUAAUAUUGAAAAUACAAAGCAACAGGAUUACUUUGCAGCAAGAAGUCACCACUCAACAAGAUGAACUAAUUAAGGAUGGAUCCUAGACAAAUAUUCUGAAGUGGGAUCCUUGCAUGUUAUUUUAUUACUAAUAAAACAUGAGAGAAUCCAUUAAACAGGGCUAGGAUCAUGCAUAGCAUGGCAUGGCAUGGCCUGGCCUCUCUAAGCCUUACCGUGAAGAUAGUCAUCGAUCUCCUUAAAGUUCUUCACUGCAAAUUCCUUAAUGACGCUUGGAUCAGGGAUCUCUUCACUUGCCUUCUCAAACUCACAGGACCAUUUAACCAAGCUCGACUCUCCCUUGGGAACCACAAUGAUCUUGCCAAUGAAAGUCUUGUAGUAUUUCAGGAGAUCCCCAUCAAUGAUGCUGUAAACAUAUUUCUUCUCAGCUUCAUCCACUGAUUCGAUUCUCUCUUUUGAUACCUUAACGAUUGGA